AUGUUGCUCCGAUUUUGUUCAGUUUUGGUGGUAUUCGUUUUAACAGCUCUUGCUCAGGUUUGUUUAUUUUUUAAAAUUUGUCAAUAAUCAUAAUAAAUAAUUUUUUGUUCCAGGCUGCCCUUCUCUCCUAUCAAAAUGAAGAUGAGGGUGGAGAUGUUUCGAGCUUGAAUCGGUUAUAUUUAGAAAAUGAAUUGAAACACGGCGAACAACUACUUCGAGAUAUUCUCGAAAAAUCAUCUCAUGCCCAGCUUCAGGAUUUAGAAAGAUUAUCAGGUAUUUAUUUUUCUAUUUUUCAUCAGUUACAAAUUAGUUCUAAUCUUAUUAAUUUCUCCCAAAUAAGUUUUAUUAUCUGAUUUCAUUAUUAAUGCUAUUGUUCCAUUUUCAGAGCCACUCAGAACAAAGCGUUGCCGUUGGAAAUUAUGUGGAACUGGUGGAAGAAAGUUUAGAUAUUUAUGA